UUUGAAGCGGAAGCAAAACCACAAUCAAGCGAAAAAGCAAUGACUCCUACGGCUGCUGCUAAUGUUAAUGCGAAUACUACUGGUAACGUGGAGCAGAAGGUGUUGCAGUAUGAGAGGUUUAUUGACGAAGUGCUGAAGAAAGAUUUACAGACGGUAAUGGAGCAGAGAGAUGCACUUUAUAAUCAAAUAUCUCAGUACCUGCAGCUCAAGAACACCAUACAGAGUUUGCAGGAGACAGGCUCUCAGCGCCUCAAGACAGACAUUGACCUGGGAUGUAACUUCUAUGUUCAGGCAGAAGUGGAGGAUUCGUCCAGGAUCUUCGUGUUGGUGGGCUUUGGCUUCUUUGUUGAGAUGGACCACUCGGAAGCGCUGUGCUUCAUCGACAAGAAGACGAGUCAGCUCACAUCCUUCACGGAUCAGCUGACGAAAGACGCUGCUAAAAUUAAAGCAAACAUCCGCAUGGUGCUGGAGGGUCUGCGAGAACUUCAGGGCCUCACGGAGCUUCCAGAAGACAGCAGAAGAGAAGUCUUCUAGAGAUGUUUCCUCUUUGGACUCCUCUGUGACCGAACCCUGCUAAUGUUGACAAUGUCAUCAAUUUAGUGGUUCUUCUACUGUGACAAGAUGUUGUUGGAUGUGUUCGGGACACAGACAGGACAAGCACAGAGGUUUCUUGUUAGGUCAACAUCUGGAUACCAUCUAUCCAACUUUAUGACAAGGUGUAGCUUUACAUGUCCGGUUGCCAUGGCAACAAGAAAAUUGAGAGAUCACGUCAUAAGCUUGCCCUCAUGAUGCACAUUUUUUUCCUCAGCAGCUGUAAAAGCAACUUUUUAUUGUACGUUGACUUUGAUGCUGUUGAAGUGUCUUUCAAUUUGA